CCAUCCCCGUACAAACCUGCUUUUAUUUUGGAGGCAGUAAACCGGACGUUGUCUGCUCCGUCUGUCCGUUGGCUCAGAUUUUCCUCUCUGCAGCUUCACUUCAUUCUCUCUCAUCACCAUUCACAGGAGACUGCCCCAGCCUUCCAGCGGUAUAACGUACACAAUGGCUGAGCAGGAGCCCACACCAGAGCAGCUGGCAGCGAUUGCAGUAGUCAACGAAGACGCCGAAGGCCAAGUCAACUACAAACCUCCCGCCCAGAAGAGCUUACAGGAGAUCCAGGAGCUGGACAAAGAUGAUGAGAGCCUGCGCAAGUACAAGGAGGCCCUGCUGGGCAAGACUGCUGUGGCUGCAGAUCCCACCUGCCCUAACGUCCAGGUGUUGCGAAUGACCUUAGUCUGUGACUCAGCGCCACAACAGCUGGCACUCGACCUGACAGGAGACUUAGAGAACUUCAAGAAGAACCCGAUGAUGCUGAAGGAGGGAGUUGAAUACAGAAUAAAGAUCACCUUCAAGGUCAAUAAGGAGAUUGUGUCAGGCCUGAAGUACUGUCAGCAGACAUUCAGGAAAGGAGUAAAGGUGGACAAAUCAGAUUACAUGGUCGGCAGCUACGGGCCCAGGCCAAACGAGGAAUACGAGUUCCUGACCACCGUGGAGGAGUCACCCAAAGGGAUGUUUGCCCGCGGCACCUACACCAUCAAGUCCAAGUUCACUGAUGACGACAAACACGAUCAUCUCUCCUGGGAAUGGAAUCUCACUAUCAAGAAGGAUUGGAAAGAUUGAUUCCUCUUGGCCACCCAUCACCAACAUCUUCCUCUAUUUUGCCCCUCUUUCUUUUUCCUUCUCUGAUUCCCGUCUGGAUCCAUCUCUGGAUUACGUGUGGAUUUAAGCUUUUGCUCUCUCCGUCCAUUGACACCAGCUCUUAGUUUCCUAUUUUUUUUUUUUCAAUUCUAAAUUCCAAUUGCAUCACCAUUCCUCCCAUCUUAAUCAUUUCAUUUGUUUGCACCUGCUCUUUUGUUAGUAUUAAAUCCUUUAAUACGGAGAAAGCAAACAGUGCGCACAAUCCAGAUUUUUCGUUUGUUUAUAAAAUAGAAACAAGUUAAAAAAAAAAUCUGAUAAAAGUGAUGAUUCCUGCUGCCCCCUUUCCUUAUUCUUUUCUUCCCCCCUUUGACUCUUCUCUAUUUUUCAGAUUCUUUUGUAUGAUUACCGCGAUCUGCCUUUGAAUGCAUUGUACAGGAAGUAGUAGUGCUGUAUGUACGUGGCCACUGAGCAAUCAUUGCUGGACACAAGUCUUUGACACAGCCCUCCUAAAGCCUUUGAGCAGAUUAUUUGUACCAGGGUCUUGGUAAAUUAUUUGGAAUUCAGGCUACCUCUUUUUCAAAUGAUUUAGCACUGUACAAAGUCUGCUGAGAGAACGGGGGAGGGGAUGGCCUCCUUGUGACUCCUUACUUUAGGUGUAGCUGUUCCUCUUCUGAUCAGGGUAUUUUGGCAGUUUGUUCAGCAGCCACGUGGCCUUAACGAGAACCCCUGGGAAGAAAAAGACAACCCAGUUGAGCCAUUUGCCUUCAUAUUAUAUUUACCAGACCAGCACGUGAGCCUGUUUCAACAGUACUUGUAAUACAUGAAUGGGGCAUCAGGACUGCAAAUUUUUAACACCUUUAUUUCAGGUAGAAGGUAGAAACCAUUAUGUGUUGGUGUGGAGCGUAGCUCUAUUUACAAACACCUUUUUCAUUGCAGUAGUUCUCCAAAUAUCAGUUAAAUGAACUUGUUUUUUUAGAUCAUUUACAACAACUGUAAAUACAAGUCUGAGUUGUACUAAUGGCUUUUUGUUACCCAGUGUCCUCUCUAGUCCCUGAGGCCAUAUUUUCCAGUUUAAAGAUUACCAACACUGACUGUGCCUCCAGCCUCAUACAACCACAUGCUGCUCCCACUGAGUCAGCAGCACUCUGAGCUCAACACCAGUGAGGUGAAACACUGUCUGUAAUUGACUUUUAAACCAGUACGGAGACAUCAGCCCACAAGGAGACAUCAAUUGAGAACACACUUGCCAUAUUAAAGUGAUUUGUUGUUUUUUUUUUGUUUUUUUAAAUACACUCCAUAAAUCUGCUGUCAUGGACUGAUGUUUCUCUCAGUGGGUUGGGUUUGACUCAAUGUGUGCUACUUGUAUUACCUACAGUUUACUGAUCUCCUGUGUUCACAUUAAAGUGUUCAGACUGGG